UAUGGCACUGGCCGUGGAGUGUGGACUCCAGUGAUCGCGCGGAGACACAACCGAGUCGUCGACUGGUGACCGCCUGGUUGCGCAAUUGCGAAAAAUGCCGUUUUAUCAGUACAACUCGUUCACCGGCAAGCUGAAGCCGUCCGUCAAUUUUCAGCCGCUGUACCCCCUCUCUCCUCUUCCUUUACAAAAGGGGGACCCGGUAAUAAUUUUUGACACCGUCAAGACAAAGCCAGUGAUGGUGACGCCCAAGGCGAGCUACUGCACCGACAAACCACCCACCCUUGACCCGAAAAUGUGGGCAAAAUACAAGCACUUCCAGGCUGUAAUCGACAAGCCGGUGUACUUGGCAGGUGGCAAAAAGGAUAAGGCGCUCUUCUUAUUCACAGCCGCAUACGUCGGUGUUUGUACAUUACAGUCACUCGUGUUCAUUGCAAAAGAAGUAUUGAACAUUAUCUAAAUAGAAUAAGCGGGUAUUAUGUAGAUAAUAAAUUGUAUAGACUCUUCUGGUACUGCGAUCCUAUAUUGACAUUACUAAUGUUAAUGCUGGCAAAUAAUAAAAGGUAAUUAUAUUGAAUUAAAA